GCCAGCCCGGCGUCUGGAAGUGGACGUCGUCGGGCACUGCGAGCGCGAGGGGGCGACCUGGUACGAGCUCCGCUGCGCGCUCGAGGUGGCCGGCGCGCCGGGCGCUGGCCGGCGCGAGGAGUGGGUCUUGCACCAGCGGCUCGGGCCGUUGAGGGAGCGGUUGCACGACCCCGUCCGCCAGCUGAUGGGCGAGGAGGGCUACCGGCUCCGCUUCGGGGCAACGCCCUUCGCCCGCCGCGGCGGCCUGCCCGGCACCACCGCGCGGCUGGCCGCCUGGUGCCGGGCGCUCGCCUCGGCCUUCUCCGCCGAGCUCCUGCCGCAGGCGGCGGCGACAGCCGCUCUGCGGGCGCUCGUCCCGCCGCUGGGGCUCUGCGGGCCCCGGCCGCCGCGGGCGGCGGUGGCGCCGGGCGGCCGUGGAGCCGCGCCCGAGCCUCGGCCCGGAGCGCGGGCCGCCCCGGGAGCCUCGGCGGGGAGCACGGCGCCGCCGCCGGCCCCGGUGCAUGCUGAUUCCAGGCUGGAGCCGCUGGCCGAUUUCGUGGAGGGUGCGUGCAAGGACACGGAGGCUGCAGAAGGACUGCUGCAGCGGGUCUCGAACACAUGGCUGAGAUACGUGUACCCUGCAGCGCUCCUCGGAGUCGGCAUCCUGCGGCGCGAAACCAUCGCCGGGGCCUUGUACGUCGGAGCGGCACUGGUGUUCGCAUCUUCGGCAUGCGGCCAGCGCGCUGGAGAGUGUCGACGAUGGCGCGUUGUGAACAACGUCUUUACUGUCACGUUCAGUGUAUUUCUUCUAGCAGCUUGCCUCUUGGUCUUCCUCUGUUCUUUCGAGGUAUUCGAGCCUUGGCCUGCUUAUCUCAGAGUUGUUGGCUUUGGCGGCGUGACAGAUGGCACCGACUGCGGCAGUCAUUGGCUGAUGCUGCCAGAAGCUUUGGCUACAACCGCAAGCGUUGCGAGUUGGUUGUUGUUGCGCCGCGCCCAUUCGUGGGAACAGGAUGACGAGGCCGUUGUGCAGGUGCGCCCGCUGCUCACAAAGCAAAGUAGCGGCAUCCUUGUCGGCAUCUUGCUGGUGUUGUGUGCGUCGAUGAGCCUGAACUUAUUCGGGCUACUGUACAACAUGAUCGCUGCUGCUGUCCUGGCCUGCCUGGCAUCCGCAGCCCCGCGGCAAGGUCUCUCCCCCAAUGCCUCGCGCAGGCUGAGAUGCGCACUGGGCGCGACCACGGCCGCGCACGUCCUCACGGCGAUCUUUCUCGGAUUUGGUGGCGACAGCUUCAAGGAGUGGCGGCCCUGGCCGGAGCUGCUCGGGGCGCCGGACGACGCGGGAAGCGCCGCCCAGUGCGUCGGCGCGUUCGCGCUCCUGCAGGUGCUCCUCUGGUGCGCCGACCCGCCAGCCCCGCGCGAGAGGGAGGAGGUGCAGCUGCCGGCCUCGCCCCCCACGGUCGUGGCGCCCGCGGGCCCGCCGCUCGGGCAGGGCGGCGUCACCGCCGCCGGGACUCCGCUGCUUCCGCAGGACGCGCCCGGCUCCGGGGCCGUCUCCUGCGAGGACGCCGUGGGGCCGCGCUCGGGCUCCAGCGACAGCCAGCAGAGCAUCCCGGGCAGCGCCAGGGGCCCCCUGCGGCUCCUGGCGGCGCAGCUGCUCUCCGCCGGGUCGAUGCUGGCGUGGGCGCUGGUCUGGCCCAGCAUGCUCACAGUCCUGCUGCUGGCUGGUGGUUUGGCGGUGAUGACCGUGCCCGCCCAGAGAAUCUCUAGGGGUGCCUUGCAGUUCACGCUGCUGUACCAGUACCUGCCCCGGGAACGGUUGGGUCUCCUGAGCUUCGCGGUUGCGGGCGGCCUUUUGAGCUCCGCGCUCGCGCAGGCCUCGAGGGAAGAAAACAUCGGCAUCAACAAAGGACUGGGCUACCUGGCGUGGUUCCUCUGCCUGGUCGCCCGCGCCUGCGCGGCGCCGCACGCGUCCGGCUGGGAUGCCCUCGACGGGAGCCCGUUCUGGUGGCGCUGCCUCGUCUGCUACAGCUCCCUCACGGCGGUGCUCCUCUUCUGCUGGCAGGUGUUGGCGGAGGAGGACGUCCCUCUCGCCGGGCUCGUGCGCGCCCGCAGCUCCUUCUCUGCGCGGCUCCUGCCGCACGUGGCGGCCUCGCUGCUGGCGUCGGUGCAGGUGCAUGCCCAGCGGGCCGGCCUUCAGAGGCCCGGAGCCGUUCUUGCCGCUUCGGCGCCCGUGCCGAUGCAGCUGCUCAGCGACUUUGGCGUGUUCGCGCAGAUGCUCCUGGUCAUCAUGAUCGUGAGGGCGCCGCCAGUUUCGAUCUGGUCCUUCCUCUUACUGCUGCUGUUUGUCGCCCUGGUGACGGUAGAGCAGUCCGAAACAUGGCGCAGCAAUGUUCGCGAGCGCAUUCUCUUGGCCACGGCGAUGUACUGUAUCGUGCAGCUGCCCGUCCGCUAUCUUGGCUUGCUGCCUGGCGCAACGAAGUGGCUUGCAUCUGUAUUGCCUGGUGCAGCGUACAAUGUGUUAGACUCGCUGAUGGCCCUGGAGGGCCACGACAAGGAGUCGCGAGAGGAGAUGGCUAUGGUCGCGGCGCUGCUGGUACUAUCGUCGUACCUGCUGUGCGGGCUGCGCUUCUACGGGGCAGGUGUGCUGGAGGUGGGCUCGGGCGAUUACCUGGAGCGCACCUAUCCAGUACUGGCGCGUGUUCUCGUAGAGGCUGCGCGCUGGUCCACACUGGUCUGCAUGGUCGUGGCGUUCUGGCUCCUCUUUGCGCACAGAGACCUGCUCUCCAGGAUCGCCUGGUAG